UGGCAGCCCAUUUCUGCGGGUUAGGUCACUCCUCUGUGCCGAGCAUCUGAAGCCGUCGUUAGCUUCUUACCGCCUGGCUCUUUAGCUUUAAUAUUAUCAAUAGUUUUUAUGAGAAUACAAUUAAUUUCGCGAUCGAACGAAAUGGAUAACAUGGUUUGAUGUAAUAAAAAGGAGCACAGAAGAAAUCGUCAAUUUAAAGAUCUUAUGCAAGCAGGGCUCCAGAAUUCCCGCACAGGACCACAUGACACAAGAUGGACCUCUGAAGAACUCUGAUCACAUGGGCUCCUAUGCAGCGCUGUCACAUGGUUUAACCACCAGGACUAACAAUGAGCAUAAGCAGUGAUGAGGUCAACUUCCUGGUGUACAGAUACCUGCAGGAGUCAGGCUUCUCCCAUUCAGCGUUUACGUUUGGCAUAGAGAGCCACAUCAGCCAGUCCAACAUCAAUGGAGCCCUGGUGCCCCCGGCAGCGCUCAUCUCCAUCAUCCAGAAGGGCCUGCAGUAUGUGGAGGCCGAAGUCAGCAUCAACGAGGAUGGGACGCUGUUCGAUGGGCGACCAAUCGAGUCGCUGUCCCUGAUUGAUGCGGUGAUGCCCGACGUGGUACAGACGCGACAGCAGGCCUACAGGGAGAAGCUGGCCCAACAACAGCAGCAGCAGCAACAACCCCAGCAGCAGCAGAUGUCGUUGUCCGCAGCCAGCGGGAGCACCGCAGGGAGCCAGCCGGCCGCAAAGAACGGCGAGGGUGCUCACAACGGGGAGGAGAACGGCGGCCACGGUUUAGCCAACCACCACGGGGAGAUGAUGGAGGUGGAGCGGGACGUGGAGAUCCCCCAGAGCAAGGCCAUGGUGCUGCGGGGCCAUGAGUCGGAGGUGUUCAUCUGUGCCUGGAACCCGGUCAACGACCUCCUUGCCUCGGGCUCUGGAGACUCGACGGCGAGGAUCUGGAACCUGAGUGAGGCCAGCACAGGGGGCUCCACCCAGCUGGUCCUUAGGCACUGCAUACGGGAGGGCGGCCAGGACGUCCCCAGCAACAAAGACGUCACCUCGCUCGACUGGAACAGCGAAGGUACCCUGCUGGCCACGGGAUCUUAUGACGGCUUUGCCAGAAUCUGGACGAAAGACGGGAACCUGGCCAGCACAUUGGGACAGCAUAAAGGGCCGAUAUUCGCCCUCAAGUGGAACAAGAAAGGAAACUUCAUCCUCAGCGCAGGUGUAGACAAGACCACCAUCAUCUGGGACGCUCACACUGGGGAGGCCAAGCAGCAGUUUCCUUUCCACUCAGCGCCGGCCCUGGACGUAGACUGGCAGAGCAACAACACGUUUGCCUCCUGCAGCACUGAUAUGUGCAUCCACGUGUGCAAGCUGGGCCAGGACCGACCUGUCAAGACCUUCCAGGGACACACGAACGAGGUCAACGCCAUCAAGUGGGACCCCACCGGUAGCCUGCUGGCGUCCUGCUCGGACGACAUGACCCUCAAGAUCUGGAGCAUGAAGCAGGACAUGUGCGUUCACGACCUCCAGGCCCACAGCAAGGAGAUCUACACCAUCAAGUGGAGCCCAACGGGCCCCGGGUCCAACAACCCCAGCGCCAACCUCAUGCUGGCCAGCGCGUCCUUCGACUCCACGGUGCGUCUGUGGGACGUGGAGCGCGGGGUGUGCAUCCACACCCUGACCCGCCACCAGGAGCCUGUCUACAGCGUGGCCUUCAGCCCCGACGGGCGCCACCUGGCCAGCGGAUCCUUCGAUAAGUGCGUCCACAUCUGGAACACGCAGACGGGGGCUCUGGUCCACAGCUACCGCGGGACCGGGGGGAUUUUCGAGGUGUGCUGGAACGCCAUGGGGGACAAAGUAGGAGCCAGCGCUUCAGACGGAUCGGUGUGUGUACUAGACCUGAGAAAAUGACGCUGGUCUGAGGGAGCCAUGGACCGACUGUGAAUGUGUACAUAGCCAAAAUGACUGUCUCUCUCCCUGUCCCACACACUGCUGUAGUGCCAUCAGCCGCCAAACACACACACACACACACACACACACACACACACACACACACACACACACACACACACACACACACACACACACACACACACACACACA